GUGCGCAGAUUGAGAAUGGAGCUUUCCGGUCGGGCGGGAGGAGGUGACGUCAGGAGUGGUGGCGGGCGGGGGCCUCUGGUAGCCUUGGGGACGCUGUAUCUGUGGGCCCUUCAACCGCGUCACAAAUCAGCGACCGAACUCUGGCGGUGGUGGCUGAGACGGCGAAGGCGGCAGCGGCGGCGACAGCUCUGGGGUUUGCGUCUCGGGGUGUGUCGGCCGCCGCUGCUGCUCGGGCCUGGUAUGUACAGAUGGCUGGUUAGGAUUCUCGGCACCAUUUUCCGUUUCUGCGACCGGUCGGUGCCCCCUGCCCGGGCCCUCCUGAAGAGGCGGCGCUCAGACAGGGUUGAUGUGAGGAUCAUUUGAUAAUGUGGUGUGAAGUGCCUAAACUGAUGCUUACUGUAUAUAAGGGUAGUGUUUGUCUAUUCUACCCUGGGGCCUUUUGCAGAGUCUGGUGCAUGAUAAGCACUUGGUCCCGAUUUAUCGAAUAAGGGAAAGCUAAUUUCCUCUCCCUUGUCCUGUCUUUGAUGUGAAUCCCUGCUAGUCAGUGGAACAUGGUUUGGUGAUCAAAACCUUGAUUUUUACUAUACUUCAGAUGUUCACAUUCUUAAUCCAAAACAAUGCUUCUCGGUGUAAACCAUUUUUCAGUCAAAAUGAAGCCCAGCAGGGCUUGUUGGAAUGUAUAAAGCUGAGUUGAAUAAAAUCCUGGGAUCUCAUUCUAUUCUAUUCUUUUUUUUUUUUUUUUGGCAUGUGUGAAUAUAAUUGAUCAGAAGGGUUCAGAGAGAUGAUAAGUAAUAUAAUAUGAUCCUUUACCAUUCUUGACAUCUGGGUCCUGAAACUUUCCACAAUUCCAAAGUUCUUUAUUACCACCAUAAUAUAGUUUGCGUGAUAAAAAUGAAGUUAAAUAUAACCCUUGAUUAAGAUUUGUCUUUUUUAACUUGUGGAACAGUUUUUUUUUAAACUCCCUUACACACAAAAGAAAAAACAAUAAAAAAGAAUUGUCUUUUAAGGCUGUUCAUAUUAAUACUGUCACUUAAAGUAAAGAUGACUUUCUUUGGGGAUCAUUUUCAAAAGGAAAUUGUUUGUUGGUUGGU